GGUACUCGAGCGCCGCUGGUGAAUGAGAAGCGGAAAGUACAGCUGCUAGACAAGAUGUAGUCCCAGUUAAUCUAUAAACUGAGAGGAUCGGACCUGGCAGCUACUACCCCCCUCCCCUCGAACCGAUACGUUGAGUGUUUAUCUGUGACUGUGUGAGUGUACGGUGCACACCACGUAAAGUCACACGAACAAGGCUGUUGUUGUGUUCGCUUAGUUUUAUCUCUGCUAAUUUAUAGAAAACAUGUUAUCUAAAGCGAAAACUAGCUCAAUACUUGACUGUCACGCGGAAAGAUGAUCUUCAAACGAAUGUUAACUGGACUAGAAUUAUGAGAAAAUUUGCGAACGCUGUACGAUUUGACCUUUAAUCGGAGAAGAAGCUUUCGUUUGCAAGUAUUUAUUUUUGACCUUUUCUGUUUUUUUAUUUUUUGGGUAUCUAUCAGUUAAUUCGCAAUGACGAUGUUAUCGCAAAAAGGCUAUCAGGAUGUAACAUGUAGUAUGAACUCCAUGCAGCCCAUUGCAUCAAUGAACAACAACUACAAUAUCAACAACCCCAGUGCUAAUUCCAUCACCAUGGCUACCAUGAAUAUGAGUUAUUCUCCUCAAGGGUUUGGUGCUAACAUGAUGUCUCCCAACGCCAUGGGAAUGGGAAGAGGAGGAUCCUGUAUGAGUCAGGUUCCCCCAGCUUGUCCACUCGGAACAGGUAUGAAUUCUUUUAACAUUGGUAUGAAUGGGAUGUCUACCCAUUCGUGUGUAGGGACUGUGCCAGAUCUAAACUCCGUUGCUCAGGGCCGAGAUUUUUCGGUCCCCGGUCAUCAUGCGGACUCAUCCACUACUUCUGACCAAGGCAGUGGAUCAGUGAUCCAGCGAUGUCAUACCGAUAAAUCAUAUCGACGCAGCUACACGCACGCUAAACCCCCGUACUCUUACAUCUCGCUAAUUACUAUGGCUAUUCAAAACAGUCACCCGAAGAUGCUGACACUCAGCGAGAUUUACCAGUUUAUCAUGGAUUUGUUUCCUUACUAUCGACAGAAUCAACAGCGGUGGCAGAAUUCCAUCCGUCACAGCCUCAGUUUUAAUGAUUGCUUUGUCAAAGUUCCUCGAACGCCAGACAAACCUGGCAAGGGGAGUUUCUGGACACUCCAUCCCGAUUCCGGCAACAUGUUCGAAAAUGGCUGUUAUCUACGUCGUCAAAAGAGAUUCAAGUGCGAAAAAACAGAAUUCAGCAGGAAAGUACCAAAAGCCACUCAGGACAGCCAGUCGAACCACCACCAACAAAGUCAAGACUGCAGUUCCUCCUCCCCCAGCAUUAAAUCAGCUAACUCGACUGCCUUCCCUGCCGAUUCACCUCCAAGACAACAUCAACAACAGCAAUACCAUCACCCUCGCCAACAACACGUGCCCUCUCCUAGCAGUACUCCUACUUCUGUUACCCACCUGAUCUCUAUGUCGAAUAACGACGGUUACAAUGGUCACAUUCUCGAUGGUGGACAAAGCUGUAAACUAGAUAAUUCUUGCUGUAGCCCAUUAGUCACAAUGUGCCAACAACAACAGCAUGCUACUGCUAUGGACCUUCACUCUCAGGAACCGAUUAGCCUAUUCCCACGCACUUAUAAUGAUAUUGUUUCUCUUCAUACCCCUCUACUGACCACUGGUAAUCUGAAACAGGAUCCGCAUUACAAUCCCUCCAGUCAUCCAUUUUCCAUAAACAGUAUAAUAUCCAAUGAAAACAAAGCCGAAAUGAAACUUUAUGAAAUGUCUCAAUUCGGAGGUUACGGUCCGAUGUCCCCUGUUGCACCAGGAAAUACGUCCACCCCCAGCGAUACAUGUUAUUACCACCCAUCUCUGUACAAUGUACAUCCUUCAGCAACUUCAAGUUUAUGAGAUCACUGGUCACAGGAAAUGGACAGGUCAGUGUGAUUUUAAAUGAUCAUUCAACCUCAGAAAAAAUAUGAAAGAGAUAACCCCGUGUGAAAUGGUACAUAAGAAGCAAAGUAGGACUACUUUUAUGGUGUUUGCGUAAGUCCUCUUACCAGAUUGUCCAGGAGUAACAGUAGGUUAUGUAUGCAUUUUAUAUCACACGCUUGUUUGGCCGAAACUGACUUUAAGGUGAAACAUACGUACAUUUAAAUGUGUUUGUGUAACUAAAACUCAGGACAGAGAAUAUUUGAACCUUACGCGUUGGUUUACGAUAGAUAUAUCACACGGAAUUAUGUUCAAAGAACUAAUCUAAACAGUGAAACCUGUGU